AUGGAGGAUCACGCCGUUCACCAGGCAGAACACAUGACCACCAUCGAGGCCAGCGCUGUCAGUCAGCAGCUGGGUGUAUUCCAGGUGCACGUGACUACCUUUGCCGACACAUCCAUGAUGAGCGGCGAUGAGGAUUCCACCUCCUCGCCGGACGACGAUCCCUACGACGACACGGACAUCCUCAACUCGGCCGGCAACGACGAGGUCACCGCCCACCUCGCAGCUGCAGGCCCCGUUGGCAUGGCAGCAGCUGCCGCCGUGGCAACGGGUAAGAAAAGGAAGAGGCCCCAUAUCUUUGAAUCGAACCCGUCUAUCCGCAAGAGGCAGCAAACACGUCUCCUCAGGAAGCUGAGGGCUACGCUGGACGAGUACACCACCCGCGUGGGCCAGCAGGCCAUCGUGUUGUGCAUGUCCCCCAACAAACCCAACCCUGUCUUCAAGGUCUUUGGUGCUGCUCCAUUGGAGAAUGUGGUGAGGAAGUACAAGGGCAUGAUGCUGGAGGACCUGGAGAACGCUUUGGCAGAACACGCCCCUGCCGGGGGUGAACUGUCGUCGGAAUUGCCCCCGCUUACCAUUGACGGGAUCCCUGUCUCUGUGGACAAAAUGACACAGGCCCAGCUGCGAGCCUUCAUCCCAGAGAUGCUGAAGUACUCGACGGGCCGAGGCAAACCCGGCUGGGGCAAGGAGAGCUGCAAGCCCGUGUGGUGGCCCGAUGACAUCCCCUGGGCCAACGUGCGCAGUGACGUGCGAUCUGAGGACCAAAAAACCAGGGUCUCCUGGACGCAGGCGCUGAGGACCAUUGUGAAAAACUGCUACAAGCAGCAUGGACGUGAGGAUCUGCUGUACGCUUUUGAGGACCAGCAGGUCACCACCACGACCACGCAGCACCAUCUGGCCGCCGCGCAGAGCAUCGCCCACCUGGUGCCCUCGCAGACGGUGGUGCAGACUAUCAACAACCCCGACGGAACGGUGUCGCUCAUCCAAGUCGGGACGGGGCACACGGUGGCCACGUUGGCAGACGCCUCGGAACUACCCGGCGUGACGGUGGCGCAGGUCAACUACUCCACAGUGGCGGACGGAGAAGUGGAGCAAAACUGGGCCACCCUCCAGAGCGGGGAGAUGACAAUCCAAACCACGCAGGCCUCAGAGGCCACGCAGGCGGUAGCGUCGCUAGCUGAAGCCGCUGUUGCAGCCAGUCACGAAAUGCAGUCAGGUGCCACUGUCACCAUGGCACUCAACAGGUUAGAAAAAAGCCUUAAGUUUUACGAAGCGGCAGCCCACGCGGUUGCGACGUUGGCGGAAGCGACGCUUCAAGGCGGGGGGCAAAUCGUGCUGGCUGAAACGGCAGCUGCUGUCGGGGCACUGGCGGGAGUACAGGACGCCACAGGUCUGGUUCAAAUCCCAGUCAGCAUGUAUCAGACGGUGGUGACCAGCCUGGCGCAAGGCAACCGGCCCGUGCAAGUGGCCAUGGCACCGGUCGCCACACGCAUCGACAGCACCAUGACGCUGGACGGUCAAGCGGUAGAGGUGGUGACGUUGGAGCAGUGA